AUGGUGGAGGAAUUGGACAGUAACCAGCAGGAAAUCAACUUGCUAAAGAAUUCCCUAGAAAAUGGAGAAGGAGAGAACCAAAUUUUGAAAGUAGAGGUUCAGCAGAUGAGAAAGUGGGUAGCUGAACUGGGCGGUCAAAACACUAAGCUGGAGGAAGAAUUGGCUGAUAAAGAACUGAAGAUAAAAUCACUGAAGAAAUCCCUAGAAGAUGGAGAAGGAGAGGCAAGAAUCUUGAAAAAAGAAGUUCAGCAAAUGAGAACUUGGGUAGCUGAACUAGGUGGCCAGAAUGCCAAGAUGGAGGAGAAAUUAGCCAGUAACGACCAGGAAAUAAAUUCCCUAGAGGAUUCUUUAGAGAAUGAAAAGAAGAGGAACAGAAGCUUGAUUGAAGAAGUUCAGCAGAUGAGAAAUUAUGAAGCUGAACUAGGAGGCAAAAAGGCCAAGUUGGAAGAAGAGUUACUUCAUAAAGAACAGAAAAUAAAUUCACUGAAGAAUUCUUUAGCAAAUGGAGAAGAGACCAACAGAAUUCUGAGAGCAGAAGCUCAACUGAUAAGAAAUUGGGCAAAUGAAGUUGAAAGUGAAAAGGCUGAAAUAAAGAUAGAGUUAGUUGAGAGGGACCAGGAAAUAACUCUUUUGAAAAACUGUUUAGAAAAUGAAGGAGAGAAUAACAGAAUUUUAAAAGAGGAAUUUGAGCAGAUGAAGGCGUGGCUGGCUGAAUUGGAAGGUAUAAAUUUAGAUAUUAAAAGUGAAGUGAACCAAAAGGAUAAAAUGAUAAAGUCCAUGGAGAAUGCUCUAGAGAACGAAAAGGAGAGAAAUAAAGAGUUAAAGAAAAAGUUGCUGAAGCAAGUUAAAAGACUUGAUCAAAUCAUAGCAUUCACCGGAACCAUGGACAAAUAA